CGAAGAAUGGUAGUUCGGAAGGACAGCCACCUUUCACCUGACAGGGGUUUCAAGAUUGAUUAUGUCCGAAAAUGUAGACGUUACCUUCAUUAAAAUCGAACCAAAAUCGGAACUUGAGGAAGCACCACCCCAUUUCGAUUUGUGCGAGCUGGUUGUGAAAGAGGAACGUCACUACGAUCCAAGCGAAGACUUCUGCAAGACCGAAGAUACCAGUAGCAUUGAGCCCCUUGCAAUUCCGAGCGUCUUCAGAUGCCUCCACUGCAGUUACACGACGAGAUAUAAAAUUGCGUUAAACCGACACGUUCUGCUGCAUUGUACCGACUUUAAAUGUGGCAAGUGUGAUUUUUAUACGUCAAAGAAAAGCGUACUACGCCGUCACAAGUUGAGCCAUAUUCAGCACAAAUUUAAGUGCAGUACCUGCGAUUAUUCCUCGCCGUUCAGAUAUAACAUUACUCGGCACAAGACGACGCACACUUUAGUUCGGUGUGCACUGUGCGAGUUCGUGACCAUGUGCAAAAUCACGCUGUCGAAGCAUUUGAUGGAUCACCGAGCCAGAAUUAAAAGUGAAGCCGGCCCGAAGAAGAAAGGGCGCCCUAAGACUGUACGUGAGCCGACCGUCUUUAAAUGUGACCAGUGCGAAUAUAAAACGCAGUACAAGUACAAUAUUCGAAGACACGUGUCGAUGCAUCAGCUUAAGCCGACUGAAACGUUUCAGUGUCCCCACUGCCCUUUUACUAACAAGUGUAAAGGCGCCAUGAAAAAGCAUGUCGGUGCUCACAAUGCAAACCGCGUGUACAGAUGUAAGCGGUGUAAUUUCACAACGGAGACGAGAAAUCACUUGCGAACUCACCAAUUAAUUCACAAACCGAACAAAUUUAAAUGUGACCGGUGCGAUUAUACGUCGCAGCACACUUACAACAUCAGGAGGCACGUCGCGAUGCACGACGCUUCCUUAAAAUUACAGUGUGACCAGUGCGAUUACACGACCUACUGGAAGGACUACUUAAAACAGCACAUCUUAGGUCACAGCGACUUGUACAAAUACAAUUGUGCGCAAUGCGAGUAUACGACCAAAAACAAGUACACGAUGAGAACGCAUCGUUUGACCCACACCAGUACGUGCUACAAAUGUGACCACUGCGAGUACGCGACCAAACGACGAGAGGCCAUGCAUGCGCAUUUACGCGUACACAACACGCAGGUAGUCUUCAGCUGCGAAGACUGCGACUUCUCAACGACAAAUCGGAACAACCUGCGAACCCACAAGUUAAAUCACAGCGGCAAGAUGUACAAGUGCGACUGGUGCGAUUACACAACGAAGUACAUUUACAGCAUAAAGAGGCACACGUCGAUGCACGACACGUCGAUCAAACUAAAGUGCGACCAAUGCGACUACACCACUCACUGGAAGGACAACUUGAAACAACACGAAAUGACGCGUCACACUACGGUCGAGUACAAGUGCGACGUCUGCGAUUUCACGACGGAUAGAAGAUACGCGAUGCGCUACCACAAGUACGCGCACAAGGGUAUAAUGUAUCAGUGUCACUUGUGCAGCUAUAAGUCAAAGUUUAAGAACAGCUAUAAACGGCACUUCUCGACUCAUCACCCAGGCGAGGCGAAUUUGGCAGGGAAAAUCGAAGAGACGUAUCGGCAGAAUGUGUAAUUGUCUUUCACAGGUUAUAGUAAAAUAUUUAUUAAUCCAUUUAACACAUGGACCAAGUUAGUCUCAGAAAGUGGGCAGUACAUAAUUGUAAGGUUUUAAAAACAAAAAGAUUUACAUGCAAAUUGCUUGUGCAUUUUCCUAUGAUUUUUACAUUCCUCUGUAUUACGUUAUAUGCAGUUUAGCAUUACACGAAACAGAAUCUGGGGGACAGAAAUGGUUGUAGGGAAGGAAUUAAUGUUAUAGUUUGUAACUACAUGUUAAGUUCUUUAAUAUAAUUCUGACCACCAAGA